AUGUUCAAGAAGAAGCCAACGAUCAAGCCACUUAGCCCGCUCAAGUCCAGCGAGCGCCGUCGCACCGCCGAUCAGAUUAUCGCCGAUUUCAACAUCCAGUUACCCGUUCAUGGCGAUACCAACGACGAUGCCGCCGGCGACACUCCAGCUACAGAAGACAAGGCUGCGCCCUCGCCUGCCCUGACCGCCCUGCGCAGGUCGCUGCUGCCAGAAAAUGCCUUGUGCGCCCGCUUCACGACGACGGCGGGACCAGACCUCAAGCAGGUAUCGGGAACCAUCUAUGUGGGCAGCCACGAGGGCACGCAGGGCCACCCGCGUGUGCUAUGGGUCAAGGUCACCGACAAAAUGUACCCCACCGUCUACACGCUCUGGCACAAUCCGCGCAUCGUGCCUCUGUUGCACACACCGCUCGCCGUCGUCGAGAAGCUGCAAGGCGGCGCAGACCUCAUGACACCGGGCCUACAGCGUGGCCCGCCCUUCCCCAAGGGCGCCACUAAGGGUGCCGUGGUUGCUAUUGCGAGCCUCGAGGCCCCUACAGUGCCCAUGGCAGUAGGCACAUGCGAGAUUGAUGUGAGCGGGCUGGACCAGGUACAGGGCGUCAAAGGCCAGGCCGUCUCCACCUUCCACUGGGCUGGCGAUGAGCUCUGGGCGUGGAGUGCCACUGGCAAGCCGGGCCGUGACCCUCCAGACCUCAUCCCAGCCUGGGAUGAAGAAGCAGCCGACGAGGCGAGUUUAGUGGAGCGCACGGCAGCCAUCGAUCUUGACGAUGAAGGCGGUGUUUCCCUCCAGGCUGGUCCUGAUGAGCGGUCCGAGGCGGAGCAGAGACAAGGCGUCGAGGGCGAAGACGCUCCCUCUAACCAUGAUUUUAUAGACAUCAUCGAUGACAAGGAAUUGACAACAAAGGAAAUCGACGAGGCCUUUGUCAAUGCCUUCUUAUUUGGUGUCCGACACCACAUGAACGCCAAUCGGGAUCAUCCCACCCACGGCCUCGAGUUUCCUCUUUCACAAUCACACGUCAUGUCUCAGCUCGUCCAGCCUUUCCUCCCGACCUACACGCCCGCCCGAACAUCUUCGCUCCAAAUCAAAAAGACGAGUUGGAAGAAUCUACGCAAGUUCAUCAAGUACCUGGACAAGCAAAAGAUAGUCAAGACCAAGGAUCGCGACGGGAAUGAAGUUGUCAUCAUGGAUAUCGAUUUCAAAGAUCGUCGGAUAGAGGCUUUCGUCCCGUACCAGUUGCCCAAGAAGGACGCAUCCACCGCCGGGAACGCGAGUGGCGGUACGACCACAUCGGCAACUUCACAGUCUUCAGUUGGCCAAACACUACGUGUAGUCUCCUUGCUACGUCCGAAAGACAAAAUCCAUCCCAUCUUAGAGGCAUCUAAAGCCGACCCGCGCGGCUUGUACACACCUGCAGAGCUCCGACAACAUCUCAUAGCAUAUGCUGAAUCAGAAAAUCUGGUCGACUCGAAAAACAAACGGAUGAUCAAGAUCAACCCACAAAUCGCCGAUGCUCUCCUUGGCACUUCUGCAGCAGAUAAUGCCGCCUUGACGACGGGCGUGAUGGCACGCGAUGCGUUAGCUGAACGCAUGGUUGCUGCUGCAUCACCUUUCCACGCCAUCCUCCGCAACGGUGCCGACUUGAACGACAGUAAGCCCAAGGCUGGCGCGCCACCAAAAAUUCAGAUCACACUGGAAACCCGCAGCGGCAACAAAACGGUAUCCAAAGUUCACGGCUUGGAACCCUACCACAUUGCACCUCAGCCACUUGCUGAUGAGCUGCGAAAGACCUGUGCGGGUAGCACUAGCAUCGACAAACUCCAGGGAUCAAGUCCGAAAGCUCCUGUCAUGGAGGUCAUGGUACAGGGGCCACAAAAGGACGCUAUCUUGAAGGCUCUCGAAAAGCGAGGUGUGAAUAAAUCUUGGGUAGAGAUUGUGGACAAGACCAAGGGGAAGAAAAAAUGA